AUGAGUUUGUUUAUCUCUGUGAUUGAGAGUCUACUAUCUAAGUACAAGGAUAUAGAAUCAUUGCGUCAUAUAAAACCGUUUCUGCUUUUCAUUAGAUGCAGAGUAGAUCUAAACAACAUCAUGAGGAGUUAUGUAACCUCCUGCUUGUCCUUGGACUCGCCCUCUUCCCAAGUAGCAAAAACCAGACUACUACACACAUGUUCCAGUCCAGAACACAUCCUUCAGACUCACAUUAUGGAAUACCAAACAAUAAUCCCCAUCACUCUCCUUGUCUUUGCGAUUUACCAUGUCCUCAAAUGCCCUGGAAAGUUCAACUUGGGCAAAGCCCCAGACGAAAAGAAGUUAAUUUGGGCUGGAUAUCACAAAAUCAUUCCUACUAUCUGUGCAGGGAAAAACAUCAUCUCAAACAUGGACAAUACCCAGAAAAGACUACCGUCUUCGCAUCCUGCCAAUAAGCAUGCUCCCAUCGCUCCGAACAGACCAUCGAAUAAGUUUCACGGCGGGGGCAACGUCCUUCCAAUAAUGUACGAAGAGAUGGAAUACGCACUGGACCGCGAACUCGGCAACCCACACGGUGAGCACCACCCCUACUUACUACACACGAUAAAUCCUAACAACAAACACCCAGAAUGGCACCCCCUGCCCACCUUCCCAACAAUCCUCCGCAUCAUCGCCCUCGUCUCCGGACGCAUCAACAUCGGCCUCCCCCUCAGCCGGGACCCGACCUGGCUAACCCUGUACACCAAAUACCCCCUAACAAUGAUGGAAUCCGUCUCGCUCAUGAAAUACCCAUCUAUUCUCCGCCCCCUAGCUCAGCACUUCGCCCCCUCUCUCCGCGAACUCGACUCCAUCCGCGACGAAAUCACCGCCCUCCUCACGUCAGAAUACGAAGCCAUUCUAUCCGAAAAAUCAGACAGAAACACCAUGGUCCGCUGGCUAUGGGAGAACUGUGAAGAGCACGAGAGAACAAUAACUUACCAGAGCCAGGUGCAGGCUAUGAUGUCCAUCGGGACGGUGCUGGCUAAUGCGGCGGCCGCGGCACAGUGUCUUGAGGAUCUGGCGGAGCAUGAGGAGAUGAUUCCGUUGCUUAGGGGGGAGUUUGAAGGUGUUGUGGGUGGUGAUGGUAAAGAUGAAAUAAGUAAGCAGGCGUUAACCUCGUUGAGUAUGAUGGAUAGCUUUAUGAAGGAGUCGCAAAGGUUUAAGCCGCCGGGGGCUGUCACCUUCGAAAGAAAAGUCCUGGAACCGUUUACUCUCCCCGACGGCACGCGACUCCAUGCAGGCGAACAUAUCGCUGCGCCGGCGUUCCAUGUUGGCUGGGAUCCGGAGUAUAUUGAGAACCCGGAGGUGUUUGAUGGGUUGAGGUUUCAUCGGCUGAGAAAUCAGGGUGGGUUGUCAGCUACUACUGCAGCUGGUAAAUAUCACUAUGUGUCUGUGAACGAGACGUCGCUGCAUUUCGGGUAUGGGCGCAAUGCUUGCCCGGGGCGAUGGUUCACGGCUAUUCAGAUUAAGUUGUUGCUUGGGCGGUUGUUGGUGAGGAUUAAUUAUGCUAUUACUGUGGACGACGAUUACAAGGAACUGUUACUUUGUCUACGGAAUAGAAAGUUAGAGAAGUAA